ACCACAAACAACCACCAGAACAACACCAAACAGACAGCAAUAGAGAAUCAUUCAGCCAUGGUUUACGAGUCUCCUCGCGUCUCUGAAGACCGCUUGUCGUCCGACGCCGCGGCUCCCAAGUCUCCAGCUAUGGGAGAUCACUGCACCAAUAACCCUCCACUAGAUGCCUCCGAGAGUUCUUCUGGGGAGAUCGUGAAGCUCGGUGAGACCGAGGUCUACGUCUCAAAGCCGUACGACGCAGAGCUACGGGAAGCCAGUCUCUUGGUUCUCCUGACCAACGGUGUCGGUGUCCACUCCGUCAACAACCAGGUCCAGGCAGACCACUUCGCGAAAGAAGGCUACUUUGUCGUGAUGCCCGAUUUGUUCAAUGGCGAUGCUGCUCCCAAAUCCGCAAACGUAGCCGCAGCGGUCCCGGAAAAGCAAGAGCUGGGGCUUUUGGACCAGAUCAAGAUGAAAGCUGUCGAGGGCGUGAAAGGCUUCAUGAUCGAUAUGUGGAUCGCCCGUCACACGCCGGAAAACACCAUGCCAAUUAUCGAAAACGUCCUGACGGCCGUCAAGGAGCAGUACGGUGACAAGCAGUACAAGGUCUCUCGCGGGAUCUACGUUGUGGGCUACUGUUUUGGUGGAAAGUAUGCACUGAGGCUGGCGGCCCGCGACGAUGUUACGGCAGUCGCCAUGGCACAUGGAACUAUGGUCGACUUGGAGGACAUCAAGGGAGUGAAGAAGCCGGUCACAUUCGCGUGCGUCGAAAACGAUCCCUUCUUUCCAGAUGAAGUCCGCGAGGAAGGAGAGAAGUUCCUCGAAGAAAACAAACUGGAGUAUGAGCUCCUCGUGUACAAGGACGUCCCUCAUGGAUUCGGUGUUUAUGGAAGCUAUCCCGAUCCUCUCAUCAAGGAUGCCCAGGCAGGAGUGUUUGAACAGUUUCUUGAGUUCUUCAGUAGUCACUAAGGCAUUGAAUAUCCCCACUAGAUAUCAUGAGAAUGAUUGAUGUAAUUUUGGGGGUUGGAAGUGUUUUAAUUACUCUAGUGCUUGAUGAAUGGAUCCAACUUUUUUGUUUCAUCAUCAUAGCAUUCGACUUAGUAGAUCAUGGCUGUAUACAUGUCCGUUUCCACCCCACUGUCCGACCCCGCUGGGGCCCGGCUCGACGUGAAUUCCAUCUUGCUCUCCGUCUGACCCUG